AUAUGUCUGGUUAUGUAUAGGAUGGAAGAUCUUGCAAAUAGUUGAAUUCUAGUAUUGCAAGCUGCAUUUGAAGAAAGCUGACAGAACGUUUUAGAAAAUACAAAUAAAUAUCUUUCCCUUGAGAACAGGGAUUUGAGAGAUUAUGGCAUCUGAAGCUCACAAUGUUAAAAAACAGAAAGCAUUGCAUAUUGAAGGUCAUCCCAUUGAUCUCCCCAGAAAAAGAAUCUCUUCUUCCACUAAAAAGAUCAUGAAGGAGGGUAAGAAAUCUCCAAAACAGCUGGCUUCAUACACAAACAGAGUAACAGUUGGAAAAACGGUGACCAGUCCCCUCUCUCUUUUCAAAGUGGUAUAUUGUAAAAGGAAAGUUCAUUGUUAUACUCCAAAGCCUUGUUACAGAAAUAAACUGUACCCUAAAUCUAGGGGCCGUGACAUGGCAAAUAAAGAAAAUGAACUGGCUUGUGCAGGGAAUCUGCCAGCAAAACUUCACAACAGUCGUACACACUUGCUGAAUUCCAGUGACUCUGGCUCAUCUCAAACAGAAGGCCCCUCAUCCAAAUACAGCGCAUUUUUUUCAGAGGUUUCUCAGGACCACGAAACUAUGGCUCAAGUUCUUUUCAGCAGGAAUCUGAGAUUGAACGUAGCUUUAACCUUUUGGAGAAGGAGAAGUAUAAGUGAACUGGUAGCCUACUUAGUGAGGAUACAGGAUCUUGGAGUAGUAGUAGACUGCCUUCCUGUGCUUACAAACAGUUUACAGGAAGAAAAACCAUAUGUUUCAGUUGGCUGCUGUGUAGAUCUUUUGCCUUUAGUGAAAUCUCUGCUUAAAAGCAAAUACGAAGAAUAUGUAAUAGUUGGUUUAAACUGGCUUCAGGCUGUCAUUAAAAGAUGGUGGUCAGAACUAUCUGCACAUACAGAAAAGGCAGAAGAUGGAAACAUUCAUAUUUUAAAACAACAGCUAAGUGUUUUGUGGGAACAGGAGAAUCAUCUUACUCUGGUUCCAGGAUAUACUGGUAAUAUAGCUAAGGAUGUAAACGCUUAUUUAUUGCAGCUACACUGACAUGAUGAUGAAACAGUGUGCUUAUGUGGUGAAAAAUCCCCUAAAAUAUCCUUGAAAUAUGUGCUGAAAGCCUUUUGAGAAAUACUGGCAGAGGAGAACUGAACUGUCAAGCUGUUUAAUGAAACCACUAACAAAACCCUAACAAUCUACUUCACAUUGAAGUGGAAAAAUGUCUAGUAGGAGCAACUUUUACUUCAGUGAGGUGAAAGUGCACUAUGAAAACUGUAUGCCUUUGCUGCAUUUGGGAUUUGCUCAGUUACUAGAUGUUCCUUUAAAUGCUACUGUAUUUUACAACAUCAUCGCAUAAAAGAUGAACUGUACUGUCGUGAAGACAAGACAGCAGAACCAGUUACAAGGAACCAACAAAAACAAAAAUCCAACAAAAACCAACAAAAAUCAGCAUUAAGAGCUUUUAAAUGUCCCUUUCACAAGAGAAUUCCGAAAUGCACAGCUAUCUUCCAAUUACAUUAAAAAAUACAAAAAACUUUGGGAUAUUCAGUUACUUCUAUGUUUUAAUCAAAUUAUUAAAGACAGUUUUUGUUUGCACUAUUGAGAAACUAUACAGCAAAGAUGCCUUAAUUACUAGUGUUUCAAAAAGCCAAUGUGUUAAGAUGCAAAUAGCUAUUAUGUUCAGAUUGUGAUGAAAAACUACAAAAAUCAGGGUUUCACAUUGUGUAGUUAAUGAAACAUUGCACAUAUACAAAGAUUCAUGUAUGAAAAAUAUUAUAAAUUUCUGAAGUUAAACUUGUAUAAACAGUUGUUGCAAAUGUCAGCAGAAUGGUGAAUUUAUGUCUAACAAAUGUUUUUAUAUUGUAUGUGGAUUUCUAACAGUAAUCUUGUUCUGUAUCAUUCAAACUACAUGCAAAUAAGUAAAUAUAUUAAAUAUAUCUACUGUUUUUUCUUUUCAAGUUCAAAAAAACCCAAUUUCUAGAAUAAUCUCUUCCACAAUUCUUAUCACAGAUAUUUAUGUCUCUUGUUUGAAAUGUUUACAGCCAGGUGAGGCCAUGUCAUUCAAAUCACAUCCUUUUUAUACUACCUCCUUUAAGAAACUGACAAAGAGCUUUUGCAGAAUUGAUCAAGUUCUGACCUGAUCAGUGAUGGCAAAUUCGUACCAAAAACAGCAUUGAGAAUACAGCUAUAAAUUUUUACUGUCAUAGUGAUAAGCUGUUCUAUUUUAAUUUAAGAGCUGUAUCUUAAUAGCUGUGAGGGAGUCUUAAUCAUAGGCUUGCUGUUGCCUUUUUAAAUUUUAUAAUUAGGAAGCAUGUUUUUUCAAUGAAAACUUACGAAGUGCCAGGUCUUCGCUUAAAAGUAUACAUGUAUAGCAUGUAUGACCAAAUAGACUACUUCCUUAAAAAUAAGUACUUGCAAGGGUUGUUUUCAUACCUAGCAUUAAGCAUGUGCACUUUUAUUGACAUGCAGGAGAAGAGUCUUUUGAUAGCCACAAGUGGUUUUUGCUUUACAGAUUAAAUACAUGAAUUUUAAACUCCUGUAGUGGUCAAUAACUCCAGGCCUCCUAUUGCUUAGUUUUGUAUACAGUUUGUGUAUCAUUGUUGCUGACUUCUGAAGGCCAACUAGAAAUCUGUCAUCAGAACUUGGUGCUAUUAGUUAUUUGAUUGUUCUGCAAACCACCAAAGGUUUUGCAUUUCCUAGGACAGUCAGUUGCAAAGAGUUUCUGGGGCAUCCCAAAACUGCGAACUUGGUGGGACAAUUUGGAGACAUGCACAUAGCCAAUCUUUUUGCUGGAAUUGUUGUGUAUCAUUAGAGAUACUUCAUGCUCAAAAAGUUUUAAGAUGGGACUUUUCAAAUGUUCUUACUAUCAAUUAAAAAUCUAAAGGAACUAUAGUAUGACAACAUUCUUGUAUUAUUUUACUGUUCUGUUGAACACUUAAAUGUAAAAGUAACGAAGUCUAAUAUCAUCAUUUGGGUGGCAAUUGCUGAAACUCUUAGAUUAUUCCUCAAGGAGAAUGUCUUUUAUGGAAACCCAGAUCUUUUUUUCUUUUUUUUUUUUUUUUUUU